AUGCCGAUACAGCCUCGCGUGGUUCCCUUGAUCGAUUUUCUCGCUGACUGCAGUGCUACUGGACCGUCGUGCACUCCCAGUACCGCGCAUCCCGCGCAUUUCCUGGAGUAUUACUCGACGCCACUUGUGGUAGGCCGCUGUUAUUCUGUGAAUGAAGUGGCCGAGGGGAAAGCGGCUGUGAAAGAGUCCACGUUUUCAACGCAAGACAAUGGCCCUCUGAAAUCCCUCUGCAUCAUUUUCGUGACCCACGUGCUGCGAGCGAUUGCCUUUCGAUUCAAGGAAACUCAGUACAGCUCCCUGAAUGAUUCUCAAGAUGAAGGCACGCAACCUAUGCCCCUGGAAGAAAAAACUGAGAAUGCAUCAGAAAAGCUACUCUGGCAAAUGCUGCGGUCUGAGGCGAGAUCGAAAGAGGAAUGCAAGCGCCACGCCGCGGAAGCUGCGCAGGCACUCGCAGAGCCUUUGCCUAGUGAGGAACACCUUUUCCAGAAGUGCAUUGAAGAGGCCGCUGGAGAAGUAGCUCAAGUGGAUCGUAUCAAGAACGAGGCGGAGAAAAGGGAGGAAGAGACACGAAAAUUAGAGGCUUCCACCAUCGGAUAUGACCUGAGCACCCUCGAAGAGCACAUGUCUUACGAAAAGGCCCUACGUCUGCGUGCUGCGUAUGCAGAGGUCCAGGGCUGCGAACAUGACUACUCACUGCUGUGCCCCUUUUCUUGGGAGCCUUCCGCUGAGGACAGCACGACUUGUAGCGCCCCGGCGGCAUACGUCGGACCGUGCGAGAAAAUCCAGAAUUUCGCCUUGCCCGCCAAAGAGAAGCAGCAAAAGGAGCGCGUCUGUUUGAUUGGGUGGCCCUGCCUACGCAAAUGCAAGCGCGACUUCGGCGCUUUGUGCCCCGACGAAUGGGCAGAAGUAGGAGGAGGAUACUGCACUGCGCCCGCAUCGUACGCGGGACGCUGCGCAAGAAGAGCAAACUUCGCCAGCUAUUCACCUGCAGAAAAAGAACGCUGGAGCGUUUCUUGCGGAGCCUACUGGCCUUGUGAAGCAGAGUGCAAGCGAGAUUAUGCAGUAAUGUGUCCCGACGGGUGGUUUGCUAUAGGAGAAGGCAAAUGCAGAUCUCCGACCGCCUACGCGGGCCCGUGCGCGCCAAUAGAAAGUACCGGCGGCAUGGAUUCUUCAACUAAGGCCGUUUUCGAGCAGAAAUGCAACGUUCUCUUUCCAUGCGAAAAGAAAUGCGAAAAGGAUUAUGCGGUGAUUUGCCCUGAACAAUGGAUAAACACUACUUUGGAAAAGUGUGCACCAUCGGAAGAUUACGGGGGACCUUGUAGGGAUGAGAUGGACUUCGCUGGCAAGACAGAGGAUGAAAAAGUUGCUUUCGAGUCCCUUUGUGCCGUGAGAUGGCCUUGCGUUGGCAAGAGGGACUGCAGCAGAGACUUCACGGAAGCGUGUCCCCUUGAAUGGAAACAAGUCGACAGUGCUUGCGUGGCACCGGUGAGCGGAAAAUGCCUACCUAAAAGUAUAUCAGAGAGUGGUAAUACUGCAGCCUACGCACUUUCGACCCUCUUUCCUACUGACAUCAUAGCACUUGAUGCCUCAAUCACGUGA